GUUCUCUAGUUGUGUCACGUGGUAUCAUGUGUGGAAACUUGUACGUAGCCAGUUUGUGGAAGUGACCUGCGUAACAAGUUAGUAGACUCUGGGCACAGCAAUGUCUUUGACUGUGAGUGGACUGGUUCAUAGUAUUAUUAAACCCGUGGACAUUCUCUCUGGUCUGUGCUGGUGAGUAUUCCGUGGGGAGAGUGACCACCGUGACGUCAUCAUGGACAGACGUAGGGUGUACACCUACCCGGAGCCGGACAAUAUAUCCGGGGAUUAUGACAAUUCCCAGGACGGCGGCUACGCAGACGACGCAGCCUACGACUCACAGUAUGUAGGGGGGCACACGCGGCAGGAUUCAGACCCGCCCGCUGAUUAUGAACUGGGGAAUUCCCCUCACGUCAGAUCUAAUAAUAUCAACAAUAAUAACAACAACAAUUUUGGCAGUGUUGUACGUGACGAUGACCGUUACCAACAUGCUGAACCGAGAUACAACUCGCGUGAGUCAGACAGACACGUGCACGACAUGGAGGAAGGUGGCGUCGGCGUUGGCGGCGGCGGUCGGGCGACGGGUCACCACUACGAAAGACACGGGGACCGGCGUGAAUCUGCCGCGCACGAGUGGCUGCGUCACCGCCGGACCAAAAGUCAGCACCUGAACGGCUACGACUUCUACCGCCACCAGAUCCAGUACCACGUCAACCGGGGCUUCCAACACGACGACGACGACAACAAAGACGGCGUGGACAACCACUACAACAGCCGCGUUGACAACGAUGACGAUGCCGACCGGCGCUCGGUUCAGAGUCUCAACUUCGAGGAUCUGAAACGAGCGCGGCAGAUCCUCGCCACCGUCCGCGUCCGACGGAAGUCGAGAAAGCACAGCUCGCGGAAACGCCGGAGUGGCGGGGCGUCCUCUGACGACGAGGAUUUCGUCGACGAUGUGCCCGCCGACUACGACGACGACGAUGAAGAAGAAGUUGGUCUGCCCAGCGCGCGGGAAAAGAUGAAAAGCCUGGCAGAGCGCCUGGUGUUGGCCAAACAGUUGCAGAGUGCCAAGGAGGUGGCCAGACAGUACAGAAACAAACAGAGCAGCUGAGCUUCAUCGUCGCUCUACUCAUCCAGUACCUUCCGUCCAUCAUCAUCUCCGUCCUCAACUUCUUCAUCCCAGAAAUUUUCCUCAAACUGGCUGAGGUGGAGGAAUAUUCCAACAACUUUACCACGCGCAUCACCAUUGUCAGAGCUGUGUUCCUGCGACUGUCCAUGGUGGGUGUCUUGAUCGUGUCGCUGUACUACCAGCUGCAGUACGAGAGGGAGAGGACAUCCUAUACGUGUCCGGAGGAGGAAAAUUUCUUCCCCAAUGUCACGCGCUGUUGUGGGAACCCCAUGUGGAAGAUUCCAGACUCUCCCACGGAGGAUGAGAAGGGGACGGUCAAGUGCUGGGAGAGCUAUGUGGGUCAACAGUUCUACAAACUGGCUGUCGCAGAUUUUGCUGCCGUGACUCUCGCCACUCUACUGCUCAAACUGCCACGCAGGGUCGGCAUGUUCUUUACUCCCCUGUUGCCUGCCAUCACAUUUGUUAAGGUUUUCUUCUUCUUCUUCCUGAAAAAGUUCGAGCUGUUGUUUGUGUGUGAAACCCCCAAGAACGCGUACCGAGCCUCGCGGUCCUACUCCUUCUUCCAGACCAUUCUACUGGUCUCUUUCAUCAUGAUUGCUGGACUGUUGGGCUACAUGAUUGGCAACAUUCAGCCAUCCAAAAGCUGCGGGCCCUUCCGCCUGUAUUCCUCGGACCAGUAUGUCAUGUUCGACACGGUCAGUAACCAGGUCAACAGCUGGCCCUCCACGCCUCGGAACAUCGUCAAAUACUUCGGCACCGUUGCCUUCUUUCUGCCAGCCUUCCUCGUUUUGUUACUGUCUAUCUACUACUACUGGGCAACCUCCCAGGGCUACAAGAAGAUGGAAAAACUUCUCAAGUUACAGCUCAAGUCUGAGGCAUACGACAAGCAGUAUCUGCUGGCUCGAGUGGACGAGGUCAUCAAGAAAGGUCAGCUGGUUACUCAUGACAACGAGCCCAUCUGAGCAUGUUUGUGCGUUUGUCUGUAUGCACCCCAAGAGUCUGUAUGUUUGUUUGUUAGAGUGCCCUGAGAGUCUGCAUGUACACUUGAGAAGAGGCUGGCCUGAAUGUGGUAUGUGUCCAGGUGGG